CGCGACUUGUGUAUCCAAAAGGGUGUUAAGAGACAUCUUCCACUGCUCGUGUACAUCACAAAUUCGAGACACCUCACCGAGCCAACAACCUCCAACUUAUACAAGCUUAUCGCAAACGCCACGACUCCUCUGCUGCUGCUCGGACACAUCACUUGUGAUAUCUGGCUGAGCUCUGCCAAACUCUCCCAACCUUCCUUCCCACGACACGUGUAAACAACAACAAUAAACAAACACCCAUAAAGCACCCGCCAAAAGAAAAACAACCGCCAAAAUGGAAGUAAUACCCCUCAUCCUCCGCUUCAUCCAGCUCAUCUUCCUCAUCAUCCUCACCGGCCUCAUCGGCAACGUCAUCGCCCUCGAUGUCGACGCCUCCACCACCGCCCGCGCCGCCAUCAACUUCACCAUGUUCGUCAUCGCGCUCUCGUGGGUGGUCGCUCUCUUUGGCCUAGUCGCCGCCCUUUUCCAGAGCGUCGCCAUUCCGCUAGUCAUGCUCAUUUUCGACGCCGCCGCCACGCUCUUCACCGUCAUCGCCGGCAUCGUGCUGGCGGCCAAGCUGGGUGCUCCGGACUGUGGAAAUCUUGCGAAUGAUCACUAUGGACAUAAAUGGAUCGCGUACGGGAGUGCCGAUGAUGCGAAGAGGUGCAGAGAGAUUCAGGCGGGGACAGUGUUUAUGUGGUUGCUUCUUGCGGCGUUCUCGGCAGCGUUGACGUUGGCGAUUAUGAGCUGGAGGAGGACGGGCGGAAGCGUGAGGAGCGGGCCGACCAUGUCACAGGUGGUCGUCUAAGGCGGUCGGGGAG